UUUUUCCCCUGUGUGUGAUGCAGGGGUUACAGGGCAGGGUGGGGCACGGCUGCAGCAGCGCUAGGGAAAGUUUCAGCCGAGCCCCGGGAGGCAGAGAGAGAGGGAGGCAGCGGCUGUGCAUUAGGCAGGACACAGUCCCAGCUGUCACAAGUAGUGAGAGGAACUCAGGGGUCAGAACUUAUUGUGUUCUAUAGGGGGGAAGUGGAAGUGGUGUGAAUGGAAAGGGCAGGUAAAUAAGCUUGAGGACACUGAGGUGAAAUGGCAGAAAGUUCAUUUGCUGAAAGGUAAGGGGCGAGGGAACUGUCACAGGCUGCGCUGGAAUGAACCUGCCUCGCUCUCUUAUGAUAACAAAGUGUCUGAGAGUCAGAGGAGCGUCUGAUUGGUUCAGGGCAGGGCAUUAAGCAGCGUUGGGACCCAGAGAAAGAAAGAGUCGCUCAGGGAGCAGAGCUCAGUUAUGUGUCUCACAGCAGCGCCCUGAUCUCAGCCUUGACAGGAGCAGGUUGUGAGUCACAUGUGAAAGUGAAGUUCAGCCUGGAACAAGGAGUGACUGACACUGAGGCCAUUACCUGGCGCAGAGGCAACGGGCACUUAGCUGCUCUUCUGUGGACAAUCCGUCACCCCAAGGAUCUAUUUCUACAACCGGCCACGUGGGCGGCUGGAUACAUCGGCCAACUUCAUCCAUCGGAUUAAAGCGCAAGCUGCGGGGUUUUCACCCUAGACAGGAGAAUGUGCCCAAUGUUGCGGAGUAAAUGAGGCGCGCACUGGAAUGACAACAUGAUAUUUCAGAUAAGUGGAUUGUGGUGCAGUCAUUGGAAAUGGAAAAUGCAAUACAUUCUACUCUUCUUUGUGGUGUACAUUGCUUUAGUCCAGCAUAAUGUUUUAUGUUGCACUGUCUGCAAGUUAACCUUGACAGCACCUACUGGAAAUGUCACUUCACCUUGCUAUCCCCAAUUGUACCCCAACAACCAGGACUGUAAGUGGAUCCUACAGGCUCCAAAAGGAUUUAUCGUUCAACUCACAUUUGUGGAUUUUGAUGUUGAGGAAGCUUUGAACUGCGUGUAUGACUAUCUUUCUAUAAGCAAUGGAGAAACAACAACCAAAUAUUGUGGUGUAACAGCAAGAGGCCUUACAUAUAACUCCACAGGGAAUAUGAUGAAUAUAUCCUUUUUCAGUGACUUUAGUAUCCAAAGGAAAGGCUUCAAUGCAACCUAUAAGCAUGUACCUGUAACACUGAGAAAUCUUAAAGUUACUAUACCGCAAAACCAAAGUCUGGGUAUUGUGUCUGUCGCAAGUACAGUUCUUGUACCAGUGCUAAGCCAGUUUACAGUAUGCUUUGAGGCAACAAGAUUCAUGAGCAGCCCAGCUGAAUGGAAGGCAUUUACAUACUGGAAUUCUUUAACAGAGUUUCUUAGUUUUGGAAAGACUGCAAGUGGCCAUUUUGUGCACAUCCAUGGUAUACAGUGCCCUCUCAACCUUACUUUGUCUUCAUUAAGUGCAACUGGGGAUUUUUUUACUGAAACAUUGCAAGAGAUGUGCAUUACCUGGGACAGCCGGUCACAACUUGUAGGUGUGAAGACCGUAAAUACCUUUCAGACUUCAACUUGUUUAGAUACAAAGGAAUUAAACAUUCCUGCUAAUGGAAGCUUAAUAUUAGGCUGUUACGAUAAUAAAACAUCUAGUCUGCAAGGGGAUAUUUACAAUUUCCGUCUUUGGGACACUGCCUUCGAUUCAGUGGCUCUGUCAAACCUAAGCUGUGAUCAGAAAGGAAAUAUUGUCAACUGGGAAAAUGAUUUUUGGUCAAUCCCAUCUUGGGCAAGAAAAGCUGGAACUGAUCUCAGUUGUGGUACCUCGUUAUCAAGUACACCUUCUACUGUAACAACCACCUGUAAGAAUCUUGGAGGCGUUUGUCAAGCUACUGCUUCACCAUCUACCUUGAGCCCUACUAACUCAUUUGAUAGGACCACAAACUAUAGCUCAAAUUCUGCUACUCUAAGCACGGUCUCAGCUUCUACCUUGAGAACUACUCAACUAACAGCAACGUAUAGCCCUAGUCCUGCAGCUAUCUCCUCACCAUCAACCAUGAUAACUAUUAACAUGAAUGAUACUAACCACAUCAAUAACUCUCAGCCUGGUGGAACAUUUUACAGGAUUUCCAUAACUGUUGUCAACAACAAUCUUGAUAAUGAAUCCGAAGUGCAGCGCACAGUAUCUGACUGGUUGAAGCAAUCCCUUCAGAACUGGAGUUACGCUGUCUUUGUAUUAAACAUGAGCAUUUAUCAGACCAACUCAGAAAUUGUCAGAGAUGCCCGGAGCCUUAUCAUGAAAAGUAUGCAGCAGAGCCAUAAAAGACGUGCCAGGGAUAUCAGCAAUAAAAGCUUUGAUGUCUGGGCUCUUUUGGUGUAUAACAACAGCAAUAACGUUGUCCUGGAAACAAAAACUAUUUAUGACAAACUGUUACAAAAUAAUGACAGCAUAGGGGAUGGAUUGAGUCUUCAGGCAGUCAGUGUCUAUUCAGUUGAACCAUGUAUGGCUGAAGAAUAUCCAUCUUCAUACUUCUGGCCAAGUACAAGGCCCACCAUGCUUCAAAUAAUCCCCUGCCCAAAGAACAGUGCAUUUAAUGCAUCAAGAAAAUGUUCAGUUGGCUUACACAAUUAUAGUUCCUAUUGGGAAAUUCCAACUACAGAUAAUUGCACAGAUUCCACCGGUACAGAAGAUGCAGAAAAUGUUGCAAAUGGACUUCUGAAUAUUACUGGAAAUGGCCAGGUCCUGACUUCAGAGAAAGUAGACCAAGUUGUUCAAAAACUAAAACAAAUAGUCAAUGAUGCCAAUAUCAGUGCCAGCCUUGGCUCAACUGUAGUAAAUGUUUUCUCUAAUUUACUAAGCAGUCCAGAUGAUUUACUGGCUAAAUCCUCUUCUGACGCCCUCAAAACAAUUGAAACCUUGGCAUUGAAGGUCCAAUUCACAGGGUCAUCUGUCAGUAUUUUGUCACCAAACUUGGCUUUAGGAGUCUCAAGAAUGAAUUCUACCUCAUACACUGGUUCAGUUUUUAGUGUUGGAUCCAAUACCAGCAGUUCAGAGUUUGAGAUUAACAUGGAGAAUUCCCAAAACAGUUCAUUGGCUUCUGUUGUUUUACCCUCAAGUCUGUUGUCGAAUUUAAGUGAAAGUGAUUUCUACACAGUUUCAAGAGCUCAGUUUACUUUCUUCAAUAAGUCUGGACUUUUUCAGGAUUCCCAAAUUACCUCAGGGGACCAGACGCUCAUCAGCUAUGUUGUAUCAUGCAGCAUUGGAAAUAUUACUAUAAAGAACCUUGCGGAUCCAGUCAAAAUUAUAGUCAAGCACAAAGCACAGGGGACAAAUCGAGAAAAAACCUGUGUUUUCUGGGACACAGAAAGGAACAAUGGUAAAGGUGGCUGGAACACAUAUGGCUGCACUGUGCUUAAAAAGGAAUCCAGUGUGCAUGAAACAGUCUGUUUGUGCAACCACCUCACACAUUUUGGAAUAUUGAUGGAUCUCCAAAGGACAAGUCCAAUUAUCGAUCAGCAAAAUACUAGAAUUCUUACCUUUAUAACGUACAUUGGCUGUGGAAUAUCUGCAAUCUGUACAGCUGCCACCCUUCUGACCUAUAUUGCAUUUGAAAAAAUUAGGCGUGAUUACCCCUCCAAGAUCCUCAUGAACUUAAGUACUGCAUUGCUCUUUCUGAAUCUUUUCUUCCUUUUGGAUGGUUGGAUUGCAUCCUUUGGCAUCAAUGAACUGUGCAUCACAGUGGCUGUCCUGCUGCAUUUCUUUCUGCUGGCUACAUUCACAUGGAUGGGGCUGGAGGCUGUGCACAUGUAUAUUGCUCUGGUUAAGGUUUUCAACACAUACAUCCGGAGAUAUAUGUUAAAAUUCUGCAUUAUUGGCUGGGGCUUACCUGCUAUAAUUGUAUCUGUGGUCCUUGCAAGUACACACAGCAAUAUUGCUUAUGGAAGUAGCAGUUAUGGCCAAGACAGUCGAGGAAAUGGGGGUGAUGAAUUCUGCUGGAUUAAAAGUGAUGUGGUAUUCUAUGUGACCUGUGCUGCCUAUUUUGCCAUCAUGUUCCUGAUGAACGUAGCCAUGUUCAUUGUGGUGAUGGUACAGAUCUGUGGAAGAAACGGAAAAAGAACUAAUCGAAGCAUUCGAGAGGAGGUUCUGAGAAACCUGCGUAGUGUUGUCAGCCUCACCUUCCUCCUAGGAAUGACCUGGGGUUUUGCUUUUUUUGCUUGGGGUCCAGUCAAUCUUGCUUUCAUGUAUUUGUUUACAAUUUUCAACUCACUACAAGGUUUAUUUAUAUUUGUAUUCCACUGUGCGUUGAAGGAAAAUGUACAGAAACAGUGGAGACGACAUCUGUGCUGUGGAAAACUCCGUCUGACAGACAAUUCUGACUGGAGUAAAACAGCAACUAACAAUACAAAGAAGGUCAGCUCCGAUAAUUUGGGGAAGUCCCUUUCCUCAAGCUCUAUAGGCUCAAAUUCCACAUACUUGACAUCAAAGUCUAAGUCCAGCAAUAAACCAUUCUUUAAAAGAAACAGCAGCACCGGUUACAUUUUUGGCGACAGACCCUCAGUUAAAUUUACAGCAGUGGAUGGAGAGCAGACGUCGAUUCUUCCUGUCCAUCACGUUAUUGACAAAGUCAAAGGUUAUUAUAAUUCCCAUUCUGACAACUUCUACAAGAACAUCAUCAUGUCAGAUUCAUACAGUAAAAGCACCAAGUUCUGAAGCACAACAUCCCACAGAAAUCAGAAGUACUGGUUCAUGGAGUUUUAUUGGGGGAUCUGGCCAUAAGGGACUAAUAAUAAAAAAGAAUUGCUUCCAAAAACGCUGUUGUAAAUAUACAUUUUAAAUAUGUCAAUGGAUGCACAUUAACUAAAUCAUAUCUCUCAUCCAACUAAAUGAUAAUAGAUAAUAAAUAAUAAGGGUGUUAUGGAUUGUACAAGAAUGGAGAUGUCCAGGAAUUUUGAACCUACAGUCAUGUGGUCUUCGCUUGGAUAAACGUAAGCAUACAGCUCUAUAUAAUUGCACAACGAGGGACACAAAAUCCAAGUUUAAUGGCGUUUCUAUGUUUUUGGUAUGCACAUUAGAAGAUUUCUUCAUGACAAGUUUGUAUUUUACGCCACCGUGGUGUUCCAAUUUAGUACUUGGAUACAUUCAAUCCAGUAAUGUUACCAUCAUUUGUUACACUGAAUGCAUUUUAGUUUGGCAGCCAGUUGGCAAGAAUUUGGUUUAUACCAUUAUCAUUUUAUCAUUUAAUACAUAAUCACGGCAUGAUUGUAUUAACCUUGAUGCAUGAAAAUGAUGUAGGAAAUUCUAACUUUCAUAAAUGUGAAGCAUUGCUCAUUGAAUAGUCUACAAACCAAAUUUGGCAGAAGCUCAACAGAUUGAAUGCUGGACAGGAUUACACGGUUUAUAAUCAACUUCCCAGAGGACAAUGGAGUCCAGUGACUGGGAGUGAAUGAAGUUCAGCAUUAUAAAACUGUUGUGCCCUUUCUAUUAAGCUUUGUGGCUUCAGUUUUGAAGAGCUGUAGCAUGUUAGUGGCAAAACUACAAGCAAUUGUAAACUUUCCAUUUCACAAGUCAGCAGUAUAUUUUCAGAAUUUAGGGUUUUCAUUCUUUACAUUUCAGAAUCUCUCUUCCUCAGUCAUAAAUUCCUCAAGGAAGUAUCCAGGAAUGUGCUGCGAGGCACCUUAUUAGGUCAGACAUUGUUGCCUUUAAUGCGGGAUCAAGUUGGCUGUGUAUUGCAUGCGACAUUCGUUCAGUUCUAGGAGGAUGCAGCCAAUGAUCAUGUGCUGGUCAGGAGUGACAUCCUAAGGUUUUAUACAAAAGCAGCAGCAAAGGCAGGAAGAUCCUUACACAAAUUAGUUGCUUUUGUUUAAUUGAAGUGAAUGUGGCUAAUGACGCCUUCCUAGAUGCAGAAAGUCAUCUCGUUCUGCCAGUGUUGGACUGGGAUUCCAGGGUUCCACCAGAAAACCUUAGACCAUGGGCCCACUUUCCAAUUUAUUUCUCCUCUUCCUCUCCUCACAUAGGAGGGAAUGUAACUAAAGUCGCAAAACAAUUCGCACCAAUAAGAAUAAAAAUCUUGUUAUUGCAUUGCGAAUUGUAAUUGCGCAUUGGCGCAAACUAUACAUUUUGCAAACGGUCCAACCACUGUCAGAAGUGGUCGCUAAACAGUUUCCGUGUUUGCAAAAGCUAUAUUAAAUUCACGCAAAGCUAAAUUUGUUCCCGCAAAGGCAUAACUUUUCAAAUUGCUUCCUCUGUAGUUACAUCCCAGUUUAUAUCCUAGGCAUGUUUAAUAAAUAGUGAAUAAAGUACCCCCUCUUGUAAAAUAUAAGGAUAUUAUAAGUUACCGAGGAGUUUCAUGACCA